AUGCCUCAUCAAGAUCCUCAUCUUCAUUUAAGACUGUUUAUGGAGGUGAACGACUCUUUCAAGCUAGCCGGAGUACCCGAAGAUGCAUUACAAUUAAAAUUGUUCCCGUACUUGCUGAGGGACAGAGCUCGAGCCUGGUUAAACUCACUGCCACCGAACUCGAUUUCUACAUGGCAAGAGUUAGCAGAGAGAUUUCUUGUGAAGUAUUUCUCGCCUAGCAAGAUUGCUAAGCUAAAAAAUGAGAUUACUGCUUUCCAAAAAAUGGAUGAUGAGUCCUUGUAUGAGGAAUGGGAAAGAUUCAAAGAGUUAUUACAAAAGUACCCUCAUCACGGAAUUCUGCAUUGCAUCCAACUUGAGACAUUUUACAAUGGUCUCAAUGCUCACAUAAGGAUGGUAGUAGAUGCUUUUGCUAACAGUGCUAUCUUAUGUAAGUCUUACAAUGAGGCUUAUGAAAUCAUCGAGAGGAUCUCCAGUAACAGUUAUCAGUGGCCAACCAAUCGAGCAACGUCAAGAAGACGAGUUGCUGGAAUCCAUGAAGUGGAUGCUCUCACUUCACUUGCAUCCCAGAACCGAGGAAGGCAAGGGCUGCAAUCCAACUUUUACAACCCAUCGUGGCGAAAUCACCCCAAUCUUUCCUGGAGUAACCAAGGGGCUGGAGUCAGUAACAACUAUGCUCAACCUAGACCAACCCAACCGUCUAGUUUUUCACAGCAAGUUCAGAAACCAGUUCAGGCUGAAUCGUCCAAUAGCUUAGAGAAUUUAUUUAAGGCAUACAUGGAGAAGAAUGAUGUCACUCUAAGGAAUUUGGAGAAUCAAGUGGGCCAGCUUGCUACUGAACUUAGAAACCGUCCACAAGGUGCUCUACCUAGUGAUACGAAAAAUAUGAGAAAUCCAGGGAAGGAGCAAUGUAAAGCACUAACAUUGAGGAGCAGAAAAACGGUAGAGCCCAACAUCAUUGAAGCUGAAAAGGAGCAUGCUGAAGCUCAAGAUUCAGAAGAAGUUCAACCGAGUGUUGAAGUUCCAGUUCCACUAGAACCAGAACUUUCAAGUCCUGAAAAGGUAACCUCAGAACCAGCCAAUUCUGAUCAGCCAACCACUCCGUUAGUAGCAGAAUUGCCGCCAAAGACAAAUCAACCAGUACCAACUUCAGUAUAUAAACCUGUAUCACCUUACCCUCAAAGACUCCAGAAGCAAAAACAAGAGGUCCAAUUCAAGAAGUUCCUUGACUUGGGGAUAGGUGAAGUUAGACCUACUACGGUUACACUUCAGCUAGCAGAUCGAUCUUUUGCACAUCCAGAAGGAAAAAUCAAGGACAUAUUGGUAUGUGUAGAUAAGUUUAUCUUUCCUGCUGAUUUUGUAAUUUUAGAUUUCGAAGCAGACAAAGAUGUACCAAUUAUCCUGGGGAGACCGCUCUUAGCAACCGGAAGGACACUUAUUGAUGUGCAGAAGGGCGAACUUACUAUGCACGUUUAG